UCCAUGUUAUUCCUGUUUGCCGUCACGGAUAACACUGAAAAACCCUAGCUCUUCGUUUGUUUCAGAAGAGAGCGAAGAUGAAGUACAAUCCGAGAGUUUCAAGCUCUCGCCGCAAGAGUCGCAAGGCCCACUUUACGGCGCCGUCGAGUGUUCGCCGUGUGAUUAUGAGUGCGCCGCUCUCGAACGAUCUCCGCUCAAAGUACAACGUGCGAUCUAUGCCUAUUCGCAAGGACGAUGAGGUUCAGGUUGUUCGAGGUACCUACAAGGGACGCGACGGCAAGGUCGUUCAAGUUUACCGUCGAAAAUGGGUCAUCCAUAUCGAACGGAUUACCCGCGAGAAGGUAAAUGGAUCAACCGUUAAUGUUGGGAUCAAUCCAUCGAAAGUUGUGAUCACGAAGCUGAGAUUGGAUAAGGAUCGUAAGUCAUUGCUUGAUCGUAAGGCCAAGGGUCGUGCGGCUGCUGACAAGGACAAGGGAACCAAAUUCACUGCUGAGGACAUUAUGCAAAGUGUUGAUUAGUUGAACAUAGCUUUGUUUUCGUUAAAAAUCUGCAGAACUUGAAGAAGCAAAUGCUUGUGAUGCGUGGAAAAUGUUCCUCUUUUGGUCGGAUCAGCUUUGAAUGUUUUGUUUUCUGCCCCUUGCUCCCUCAGUAUCUUCUGGUUCGGAGGCCUUGCAUUUUACUUUUUAUUGUUUUUUUUGUUUGGAGUUAAUUUUUGAGGUAGAUUUGGUUUGUGCCUCUGUUGAAUUUUGUCGUUUAGGCUUAUAUUCACUAAAUCUCCGAUUUGUAUUUAUUUAUAGAUUUAUUAGGCUCAAAACUAUUUUGAAAAAAAUAUCUUGAAAUGAUCAUAACUUUAUCAUAA